AUGGACUCAAAACUACAUCAUAAGAGAAAUUGGUACUGCCCAAUUUGAUCUCUAUAAAAAUAGCGUAUAUCCAAAAAAUCUAAUGGAUAGGAAGGAUACAUUUCUUAAUUAUUUUGAUACUAUUGACGAUAGUAAUCUAACAGUUGUUGUACAUCCUACCACCCCAAAACUCCCUCUAGCAAAUAGUUAG